AUGCACCCCACCCUGUGGCCCCUUGCAGCCCCACCCCCGCUGCAACCACCUCGCAACCCACCCAACGCCGACACCAACUGUCCGCACUGCCACCUCACAUUCCAAACACCCUCCGACCUGGGCCACCACAUCCGCGUCAAGCAUCCGCGCGAUUCCCAACCCGCCUCCCACGCCGGCACCGCCCACUGCCCGCACUGCCAAGACGUCUCCUUCUCCACCGCCGGCAAACUCGCCCAACACAUCAGGGAAAAGCACGCACUCGAACCCCAGAUCCGCUACCCGUGCGACUACUGCCCCCAGUCCGGCUUCGUCACCCUCCCGGCACUCGUCCGCCACAUGCGCCUCCACCACCCCGGCCAGCGCCGCUACGACUUCGGCGUCGAACACGCCUGCGAUCUCUGCCCCACCACCUUCGCCACCCUCAUCCGCUUCGCCCGCCACGUCACCAAGGAGCACCCCCCGCCCCCGGAUCCCGUCGACAACACGCCCCUCGACCGCUACUUCUACCACCACCGCGCCGUCCACGACUUCCAGUACAACCGCCGCUCCCUGCCGUCCUGGGAGUGGAACCGCCUGCGGAAAUACAUGCGCUGGGACGAAGGCACCCCCGACCUCGCUGUCGAGCGCGCCCGCUACGGCAAGGCCUUCCGACAGGAGAUGGCCCUGUGGUUCGGCGGCGGCGGCGGCGUCGCCGAGGUCCAUGCCAUGCACCGCUUUCACCGCGCCGUGGGCUGGGAGUCCACCCCCUACAGCGUCCGGUCCAUGAGGAGACGCGUCGGCCGCGACGCCGGCUGCUGGGUGAAUCUGGUCGAUCUGCUGCAUUGGGUCAGGCAUGAGGCCACGGGCGACGCCGACGACAGGAGCCCCCAUGUCGACGUCUAUGAGGACAUGGACGAGUUGGCCGACUAUUCCAAGAGGUUUGCCAAGACUCUUCCCGCCCUAUACUGGAACGAUGGUGAGAAGGAGGGGGACUGGAAUGACGUGGAGAGGGCCUUGUUGUCGAACACCCCGAGGUCCUUUGUAGCAGCGCCCGAGGAUGGGGACGGUGCCGAAGGACGGAGACGGGAGGAGAGGGGGAGCCGCGGCAAACACAAUUACGCGUUUCGAAAUGUAAAGCUGGAGCUGUCAUCUUAG